GACUGAGAUUCCAGACAGCGCUUAACACACAACCAGCUCCCCGGCACCGCUACAGCGGACACUGCUAAUACGAACAAUACUCCAGGGCUGUACACCUAAAUACAAGUUUUAUUUAGUUCCAAAAUGGUACGAAAUAAUAUCUUUGGGAUUACAGGGUUAUUGGUCCUGGUGCUGGUAGGCCUAUGUUAUGGCAAUGCUUCUUCAACAAACGACACCAUCAGCACGAUUCAAACAACUUCAUCAUCUACCACAGCUGAUAAUACAACUUCUAUUUCUCCUACUCCAACUACUCCACCACACGCAACUGACAGCACCACAGAGCAUAGCACCAAUGUUACCACUGGCACAACUAUUACACCACACGCAACUGACAGCACCACAGAGCAUAGCACCAAUGUUACCACUGGCACAACUAUUAAACCACAUGCAACUGACAGCACCACAGAGCAGAGCACCAAUGUUACCACUGGCACAACUAUUAAACCACAUGCAACUGACAGCACCACAGAGCAUAACACCAAUGUUACCACUGGCACCACUACUCCACCACACGCAACUGACAGUACCACAGAGCAUAGCACCAAUGUUACCACUGGCACCACUACUCCACCACACGCAACUGACAGUACCACAGAGCAUAGCACCAAUGUUACCACUGGCACCACUACUCCACCACACGCAACUGACAGCACCACAGAGCAUAGCACCAAUGUUACCACUGGCACCACUACUCCACCACACGCAACUGACAGUACCACAGAGCAUAGCACCAAUGUUACCACUGGCACAACUAUUAAACCACAUGCAACUGACAGUACCACAGAGCAUAGCACCAAUGUUACCACUGGCACCACUACUCCACCACACGCAACUGACAGCACCACAGAGCAUAACACCAAUGUUACCACUGGCACCACUACUCCACCACACGCAACUGACAGUACCACAGAGCAUAGCACCAAUGUUACCACUGGCACAACUAUUAAACCACACACAACUGACAGUACCACAGAGCAUAACACCAAUGUUACCACUGGCACCACUACUCCACCACACACAACUGACAGCACCACAGAGCAUAGCACCAAUGUUACCACUGGCACAACUAUUAAACCACAUGCAACUGACAGUACCACAGAGCAUAGCACCAAUGUUACCACUGGCACCACUACUCCACCACACGCAACUGACAGUACCACAGAGCAUAGCACCAAUGUUACCACUGGCACAACUACUCCACCACACGCAACUGACAGUACCACAGAGCAUAGCACCAAUGUUACCACUGGCACAACUAUUAAACCACAUGCAACUGACAGUACCACAGAGCAUAACACCAAUGUUACCACUGGCACCACUACUCCACCACACGCAACUGACAGUACCACAGAGCAUAGCACCAAUGUUACCACUGGCACCACUACUCCACCACACGCAACUGACAGUACCACAGAGCAUAGCACCAAUGUUACCACUGGCACAACUAUUAAACCACACGCAACUGACAGCACCACAGAGCAUAGCACCAAUGUUACCACUGGCACAACUAUUAAACCACAUGCAACUGACAGUACCACAGAGCAUAGCACCAAUGUUACCACUGGCACAACUAUUCCACCACAUGUAACUGACAGUACCACAGAGCCCAUUACCAGCAUCAGCCCUGGGAACCAUUCUACCACCCCCAUUGGCACAGAGACGAGUACCAAAGUGGUAGCAGAGAGUUCAACCAGCGCUGGAGGCACCACAGUCACAGUGGCACCCAAUACACCUUUCUACAUCUCCUUCAAGAUCACAAAUAAGAUAUUCAAUUCCUCACUCACUGAAAUCAACUCAGACUACUACAAAUCUUUGGAAAACCAAGUUCUUCACGUGUUGGGUGAAAUCUAUGGGUGUAUAAGUUGCAGCACUUCCAAGACCUACAACGGAUCAACAGUUCUGAGAUUCAGUCAAGGUUCUGUGGUCGCAGACACAAAAUCGUAUUUCAAGACAAAUGACAUCAACGCGGCAACUGUUCAAAAGCAAUUUGAAAAUUCACUAAAAAAUAAUGGAGAUACGAUUAACUCACUUCAACUGAGUGCAGAUUCUAUUAGAGUGACUUCGACGGAUGCCACGCCCCCCCCCAGUCAGUCUGACAGUCAGGUCCCUGGCUGGGGGAUAGCCCUGCUGGUUCUUGCUGCUCUCAUCCUCCUCAUUCUCCUCAUCAUCCUGAUCCUGAUGAUUAUCUAUUGCUGUAUGAGGAGACGGCGCGGUCAGUUCAAUGUCUUUGGGAUCGGAGGUUAUUAUUCCAUGAAUGACAGCGCUGGCUACCCCAUGUACUCCACUCACGCACACUACGAAGUGCCAAACGGAGGGAGCGCCCCCUACAACACAGUCUCAAAUCGUACUGGAAGUUACACUGUACAGAGAUGAGGACAGGAAGUAAACUACCAGACAUAACCAAAGAAACGGAGGGGGCUACAGCAACAAAGCACUGGACACCAACAACUUGUGAAGAGGGACAUCAAAAAAGACCUUCCGACGCAUACACACACGCGCACACACACAGAGACACACACACACACACACAGAGACCACACACACACACAGAGACACAUACACACACGCACACACACACAGAGACACACACAGAGACACAUACACACACGCACACACACACAGAGACACACACACGCACACACACACACAGAGACACAUACACACACGCACACACACAGAGACACACACACACACACACACACACACAGACCACACACACACACACAGAGACACACACACACACGCACACAUCUGGAUAAAAUCUCAAGAGACCAGCUAUUGGAACAUUUCUCCUUCUCCCCUUUAAAAAGUUCUUCUGAUGACAGCUCUGGGAUGUACAGAGAAUACUAGAUCCUGGGAUUCCUUUGUAAAUGUCUUGAGAUUUGUGUGUGUGUGUGUGUGUGUGUGUGUGAUGUAAUGAUGUUUAAUCCUGAUCAUGCAUAUUUCUGUGCAUUUACUACAUUAACUUUGGCAAUAGCGUGACUUGCCAUGCCAGUAAAAACCAUUUGAAUUUGAGAGGGGGACUUUUUUAAAAACUGUAUUCUUUUAAAAAACAAUAUUAAUUUAAACCACAAAAUGUGCAAUAUAGCUAAUGUAGAAUCUUUGACAAAAUACUGUAUUUUGACUUUUAAAACACUGUGAAUGUAGAAGCCGUUAGGCAACUUUCACGCAAUUUGAUUGGCUCUUGUAAUGCUUUAUUUGCAUAUCUCCCUACAACCCAUUUGAUUUUGAAUUUAUUACUUUCACUCACCUUAACUCGAAAGCUACUUGUUUUAUAUAUAUCUCUAUCUCUCAUAUAUAUAUAUAUAUAUAUAUAUGAGAGAGAGAGAGAGAGAGAUGCUAAUGAUUGUGGACCAGCAAGGGUACUAACUAUGAUACAAGUGGUUAAAAUGGUACCAAAGCUAAGGGUAGAAAAUGGAUAAUCAAAAUUAUAUCUAGAGUAUUUAUUUUAAUAACCUCAAAGUCACCCUUAAAGCAAGUGUAGCUAAUAAAAUAAUUCCAUAAUUAUGGCUCUCAAAUGUGCAGUGCUGAAAGAAACACAUGUUUAGCAGCACAAGUCCCAUGCCUUACUGAAGUCAUUGACUGGGCGGGACAAUUUCCGCCUGCUGGGGCUGGUUUUUCAAAACUUUGAAUCUGGAUAACAGUGAUCCUCAUUUCCUAUAUUUUGUGAUCGAAAUUACUUCGAUCUCGAUCCCAAAAUACAGGAUUACAAAAUCCGGAUCACUGUUAUCCAGAUUACCUCUGAAGUGCGCCACUAUCUGAAGGCACGGUUUGAACUCAGUACCAGAUAACAUUAUUAUUUGUUUAUUUAGCAGACGCCUUUAUCAAAGGCGACUUGCAGAGACAAGGGUGUGUGAACUAUGCAUCAGCUGCAGAGUCACUUACAACUACGUCUCACCCGAAAGACGGAGCACAAGGAGGUUAAGUGUAACCUCCUUGUGUUAACAUUACUGUACCAUUCAAAACUGCACCUUUGCCAACCACAAUGAAAGUGUCCCAGAUUUAUGGCAUCAUUUUGUUAGCUACACUUUAAAACAUAAAAGACAGGGGUAGCGAAAUAUUAAUAAUUAUAAAUGAUCUGUAAUUAAAAAUUUUAAAAAAUCGAGACAUAUAUUUUGUUAGCAGUUAUUUUCAGUUAUUACACUGUAAUGCUUUUCUUGUAUAAGAGAUAAUGUUGCCCUUCACUGGAACUACAAAGAGUAUGGUUGAGAGGACACUCACUUUAUACAAUGAGAUAUUAUUAACUUAGGCUUUUAGAGUUCUCAAUAUGGAUGGACAGAUGGACUUUAUCAUGCCUCACUAGACUUUACAAUGCUUACCUAUGCUUUAUCGUGCUUUCACUGUUACCCUUUAUUACCCUUGUAAAUGUAUGUGUUGAUACAAUUCUGGGUGAUUACCCAGUGCUGUACAGUGCUCUAAAAAUAUGUAGCUUAUCAGGUAUACGUUGAUCAAAAGUCUAUGUAAGUUCCAUUUUUAUGAAAAUAUUGAACUCUAUUUAAAAAUUCUAAGUUCUGGAAUUUUUAGCUAAAAAUGCUGGCCAGCUGUCCGUUAGAUGUUGACUUACAGAGAAUAGUUUUGCAUGGAUUGUAACUUGCUGUUUUUUGCUUUGCACUUUUUUUCAUGUUCAUUCAGCUAUGUUCCAUGCUGCCUCUGACAGUGCUGAAUGCCCAGGCAUGCACUUUGAUUUCAUCAUUUCAGAAAGUUGCUUGAAGCUGUUAUCUUUCAAUGCUCUACCAGCCCUAUAAUAUUCCAUAGUAUAGUAUAGCAUUAUAUAGUAUUGUGCACACUGCCCUCCAAUAAUAAAUGCAAUAUUAAUGCAGUAUAAUGCAGAAACACUGUGGAAGCACUAGAGCCCAAACGCUGGUCUGCUUGACUCAGUUUAGUUUCAGUAACACUGAUGAAGGCACUAGAGCCCAAACGCUGGUCUGCUUGACUCAGUUUAGUUUCAGUAACACUGAUGAAGGCACUAGAGCCCAAACGCUGGUCUGCUUGACUCAGUUUAGUUUCAAUAACACUGAUGAAGGCACUAGAGCCCAAACGCUGGUCUGCUUGACUCAGUUUAGUUUCAGUAACACUGAUGAAGGCACUAGAGCCCAAACGCUGGUCUGCUUGACUCAGUUUAGUUUCAGUAACACUGAUGAAGGCACUAGAGCCCAAACGCUGGUCUGCUUGACUCAGUUUCUUCUAGUUUCAAUCACACUAUUGAAAGCACAAGCCGAAACGCUUAUCACAUUUUAACCUUAGAACUCUAAAUUAAGAUCCCAUUCUAAAUUAUAGUUGCAAAAAGACAAUUCUGAAAUUAGCUACUUACUGAAAAGGUCACUUACUGGAAUGAGGAAAUUAAACAGUAAUGUUAACUAAAUGCAAUCUAAAAACAAUAACCAAUGCUUGUUACAAACUAUAAAUGUAAUUGUUAAAUUUGAGACCUUAAUGAACCCUAACUCUUUGCAUUGUGGGAAAAAAAUCUGAAGAAUUAAUGAUUUUUGUGAAAGAAAAAAACAAAUCAAAUUUUGUAAUCUAUUUUUUAUUUUUAUAAAAUGUAUA